ACACCAAGAACAAGAGGUGGUGGAGUUGGUCCUGGUGCCUACCUGUUCUUUAUCUUUUGUCACUCUCUCGUUUUGGUGCUUUAGCUUAGAAAAACACGGUUUUUAACAGGGAGAAAUGGAUAUUCCUAAGGUCUGGAUGAAAAAUGACAUGGGAGUCGUGAUACUUGACUUAACACAAUCAAAACUAAAAGAAACCCUCCUGUUGAUGAGAGAUUCUUACUACCCUGAAGAAUCGGCAGCAGUUGGCAUUAACUUACAUGAGUGUCCAGAGGGAAUUGAUGAGUUGGAAAAACUCACAAUUGAAACAUUCGAAGAUGGGACCUCAUUAAUUGCAAUUUAUGAAGGCAAAGUUGUGGGAGCCUCCUUCAAUAAAGUGCAGCUGAAGCCAAAGCCUGGGGACCAAAGCUACUUUGAAGAAUUCAGAGAUCUGAAAUGCAAAACUGAGGCUGCAAAAGAAUACGUCAACAACAUGAUCUUGGCUGAUUCAAAGAAAGAUGCUUUUGAACACUACGGUGUUGAAAUGUCACUGGAGCUCAUGUUCCUUGGCGCCUCACGACACUGCCGUGGACUGGGCAUCGGUCGUCUGCUAGUAGAAGCCACCGUCGCUGUGGCGCAACAUAGGCAAAUACCAAUUGUCACCGCUAUUUUCACCUCGGUUGAAUCGCAGAAAAUCGGGCGAAAACUGCAGUGGGACGAGUUGUGCACCAUGCCUAUGUCUGAAUUCGUGUUCAAAGGAGUUCCAUACAGCAAUUUCACUGGUAGAAAUCAGUCAAUGGUGCUGAUGGCAAAGAAAACCUUUUAACUUUUUACUCCCACUUGCAAUUUCCCCCUGGAAUAUUUAUUUACCUUGUAUACGUGAUCAGCUGCACGGCAAAGUGUGUGAUAAAACGCCAUAAACUAACACCACAAAUGGUUUCUGUAUUUGCUUCACAUGAGUUAUUUUUGGCCAUUUGGGUGGAAAUGUAUAAAUAUAUUGCAGUGUGAAAUUUCCGAGGGGCGGAAAGAGUCAAAAUAGAAUGAUAUAUUGCCAUAACAUCAGAUUUUACAGAAGCUAAAUAUGGUUUCCAAAAAUUAACUUGUGACUUUAUUAUAUGUAAUUCGUUGCAGUCGAAAAUUAAUGUUACAUGUUUGAAUAAUUUUAAAACGAUCUCAAGCUUACGUUUUACGGUGAAUUUCUAUGGUUCUUAUUGUAACUUCAUAUCACGAUUUUUUCCAUUAAAGACCCUGUGCCAUAUUUAA